CAGCGCCACUAGUGGACAACGCAAGCAUCACGUAAACUGAUGGUUCGUGUUUGAACUUGCCAUCCCACUCCUUUUCCUCUCACCUUCUCCUUGUCUAUCACUACAUCUCUCUUUCUCUUUCUAUCUAUCGUUCUAUCCUUCUCUCUCUCUCUCUUUCUCUUUCAUCUUUCUCUCUCUGUCUUCCACACACUAUCUCUCUCUUUCUCUCUCCUUCCAUCCCGGAGUGCAUAGAAGCUUUGUUUCUAGUAUUGUUGAUGAUAUUAACUGUACCAACGAAGUCUUCUUUCUUUUCAUUUCAUUACCAACGACAGAACGUACCUGACACUUCAAGAAAACUGCUGUUCUGAUUUUACACACAUAUUUCCAUUUGUUUCUCAUUCAUCAUCAACAUACGUUAAUAAUCUUUUUUACAAAAUCUGAAUUAUAUUAAAAGAAAAGAUACAUAAAAACAAGAUAUAUAAGAAUUUCAUUUUGACAAAUUACACUUGACAUUAUAAGGAACAUAAUCAACUAAGAAGUAAACAUAGCACACAUCAUUAAAUUGAUAUUUGAAAAUCUUCAUAAAUUUAACAUUAAUAAAAGUAAUAAGUCAAUAAAUUAAUAUGACAGAUGUCAUUGAACAUGCAGGUUUCUCAAAGAAUUCAAUGUCAUUCAAAUCUACUGAAAAUACACAUGUAAUGUCAUCAGUAUCACAACAAUUAGAGCCAGGAGUUGAUGAAGUUGAUCAUCCGGAUUAUCGAUUUGAAUUGGUUAGAUUACAGAGCUUUCAAAAUAAUUGGACUGUUACAUUUGUCGAACCAAAACUACUAGCAACAGCUGGUUUUUAUUAUGUGGGCAAAGCUAAUACAGUGAGAUGUUUCGAAUGUUUAACAGAAAUACAUCAAUGGGAACAAGGUGUUUGUAUAUUAGAUCAACAUUCGCAAACAUGUCGUUUUGCUAGAAAUUUACCAUGUGGUAAUGUACCUAUCGAUGUGGAUACUAACACAGUAUCAUCAGUAUCAAGAUCAAAUACUCAAGAUGUUUGCGAAUUGAAUGAUACAACAUUUCAAAAUGAAUCUGUUCAAAGUGAAUGCGAUGCAAUAUCAUCUUUGGAAUUACAAUUUCCAACAACUACCAAGUUAGCAUCGUUAGGACUUGAAAAACCAAAGCCACCGGUACAUCCAGAAUAUAUAAGUUAUGAUGCUAGACUACGUACUUUUGAUACCUGGCCUAAAUCAAUGCCACAGAAGAAAGAUCAACUAGCGAAUGCUGGAUUUUUCUAUAUAGGAAAAGGUGAUCAAACAUUGUGUUAUCAUUGUGGUGAAGGAUUGGAAGAUUGGGAACCUCAGGAUGAUCCAUGGGAACAACAUGCCAAAUGGUUCUCCAAAUGUUAUUAUUUGUUAAUGGUGAAAGGACAAGAAUUUGUGAAUAUGAUAAAGGAACGAGAGGAAACAAUGCAGAUGAAUUUACCAAUGUUUGUUGACAAAAUUCAAUCAUCUUCAAACGGACAGAUUUCGAAUGGCACAAAAUAUGACAACUCAAAUAACAAUUUAGAGAUUAAAGAUUCAGCUAAAUUAAAUUCUAGUGCAAGUUCCAGUGAAGAUAGCUCAAAAAUGUUACAUGGUACUACAACAAAGCCGAAUAAAUCCAUAGACAGUGCAAGAUUGUGUAAAAUCUGUUACGAUUCAGAACUAGGUGUAGUAUUUCUACCCUGUCGACACAUGGUUACAUGCGUUAAAUGUGCACCUGCUAUGACAAUAUGUGCAGUUUGUCGACAACCGGUAAAAUUAACAUUAAGAGCUAUUCUUUCUUAAUCUAUAAUAAUUGACAAAAAAAAAAGAAAAAAGAAAACAAACAAAUCAUAACAACAAUUAGCUCAGUUCUUAUUCUGAAAAUUUUGACAACACUUAACAUAUAUCAAUAUUUCUUUUUUUUUUUUUUUUUUUCUUUAUGCAUUCCAACAAAUAAACAACACUGUGAAUAUGUGCAAAAAAAAAA